AUGUACAUAGGAGAAGGAAACGGAGAUGAUCCAUACUUAUACACUACAAACAACUUCGCCGGACGACAAACAUGGGAGUUUGAUCCUGACGCAGGCACGCCGGAGGAACGAAACGCCGUCAUUGAGGCUCGCCGGAGUUUCUACGACAACCGUUCUCGUGUCAAAGCUAGCAGUGAUAUCUUGUGGCGCAUUCAGUUUCUGAAAGAGAGAAAGUUUGAGCAAGUGAUACCUCCGGUGAAAGUUGAAGGGUCCGAGAAGAUAACUUACGAAUCGGCGACGAAUGCAUUACGGAGAGGCGUGCAUUUCUUCUCGGCGUUGCAGGCCACCGACGGACACUGGCCGGCGGAAAACGCCGGCCCUUUGUUUUUCCUUCCGCCACUGGUGUUUUGUCUCUACAUCACGGGACAUCUUGAUGAGAUACUCACUUCAGAGCAUCGAAAAGAGAUUCUCCGAUACAUCUAUUGUCACCAGCAGAAGGAAGAUGGUGGGUGGGGACUACACAUUGAAGGUCAUAGCACAAUGUUCUGCACCGUGCUGAAUUACAUAUGCAUGCGUAUACUUGGAGAAAGUCCUAAUGGGGGGCAUGAAAAUGCAUGUAGAAGAGCUCGGAAAUGGAUCCAUUCCCAUGGUGGUGUCACCUACAUACCUUCUUGGGGUAAAACUUGGCUUUCGAUACUUGGUGUAUUUGACUGGUCUGGGAGCAACCCAAUGCCUCCUGAGUUCUGGUUACUACCUUCUUUCUUUCCAGCAAAAAUGUGGUGCUACUGCAGGAUGGUUUACUUGCCAAUGUCGUAUCUCUACGGGAAGCGAUUUGUUGGCCCAAUAACACCUCUUAUUCUGCAACUACGCAAAGAACUGUACUUACAGCCUUAUGAAGAAAUCAAUUGGAAGAAAGUCCGCCAUCUUUGUGCAAAGGAAGAUACAUACUAUCACCGACCGCUGGUUCAAGAGUUGAUAUGGGACAGUCUUUACAUAUUCGCGGAGCCUUUCCUUGCAUGUUGGCCAUUUAACAAGCUUCUUAGGCAAAAGGCUCUUCAGGUUGCAAUGAAACACAUACAUUAUGAAGAUGAAAAUAGCCGUUAUAUCACCAUUGGGUGUGUUGAAAAGGUACUAUGCAUGUUAGCUUGUUGGGUUGAAGAUCCGAAUGGGGAUUAUUUCAAGAAGCACCUCGCUAGAAUCUCUGAUUACUUGUGGGUGGCUGAAGAUGGGAUGAAAAUGCAGAGCUUUGGAAGUCAACUCUGGGAUACAGGGUUUGCAAUGCAAGCUGUACUUGCCAGUAAUCUCUCCAGUGAAAUCGCUGAUGUUAGAGAGAACCCUUCAGGUGAUUUCAAAAGUAUGUACCGUCACAUAUCUAAGGGAGCAUGGACUUUCUCUGACCGAGAUCAUGGAUGGCAAGUUUCAGACUGCACAGCUAAUGGCUUAAAGUGCUGCCUGUUGUUCUCGAUGUUGGCACCGGAUAUAGUCGGUCCAAAACUAGAGCCCGAGAGACUAUAUGAUUCUGUUAAUAUCCUGCUCACUUUGCAGAGCAAAAAUGGAGGUGUCUCUGCCUGGGAGCCUGCUGGUGCUCCCAAGUGGUUGGAAUUGCUCAAUCCCACAGAAUUGUUCUCCGACAUUGUGAUUGAGCAUGAAUACAGCGAAUGCACGUCGUCUGCAAUCCAAGCAUUGAGUCUGUUCAAGCAACUCUUCCCAAAUCACAGGUCAACGGAGAUCAACACUUUCAUUAAGAAAGCCGUGCAAUACCUAGAAAACAUGCAAACGCCUGAUGGAUCAUGGUAUGGGAAUUGGGGUACAUGCUUCACGUACGGUACAUGGUUUGCUCUUGCAGGCUUAGCAGCUGCUGGUAAGACUUAUAGUGACUGUGUGGCUGUACACAAAGGCGUUGAUUUUCUUCUUGCAACUCAGAAAGACGACGGAGGCUGGGGAGAAAGCUACCUCUCAUGCUCCAAAAAGAGAUACAUAGCACAAGAAGGGGAAAAAUCAAACCUGGUGCAAACUGCUUGGGGUUUGAUGGGUCUCAUUCACGCUGGACAGGCCGAGAGAGAUCCGGUUCCUCUUCACCGUGCUGCAAAACUUAUCAUCAAUUCGCAACUGGAGACGGGAGAUUUUCCUCAACAGCAAGCAACCGGAGUGUUUUUGAAGAACUGCACAUUACACUACGCUGCAUACAGAAACAUUCAUCCGUUAUGGGCACUCGCAGAAUAUCGCGCACGAAUUUCAAUGUGGCUACCAAAGGCAAAUGUGGCGAAGAAAGAAACCGGAACUGGUUCAGUGGCAGUUGCAAUAGACAAAGACAAAGGAAGCCAACAUGCUCUUAAAUGGACAAUCGACAAUCUUGCUUCUCGUGGCCAAACCAUUUCUCUUAUUCAUGUCCUCUCCAAAUCCCAUUCAGAUAUUGAAGAAGCAACGCCACAUCAGAAGCAGCAAUCGGAGAAGUUAGCGAAAUAUCUCUUCGUAUCUUUCCACUGUUAUUGUUCCCGUAAAGAGAUUAAUUGUCGAGACAUAUUACUCGAAGACGCAGACAAAGUCAGAGCCAUUGUCGAAUAUGUUACAACUUCCGCAAUCGAGAAUUUAGUCGUUGGAGCAGCAUCACGUAAUGGCUUCAUGAGAAGAUUCAAGACGGAUCUGCCAACAACUGUGUCAAAAUCAGCUCCAGAUUUCUGCAAUGUGUAUGUCAUUUCCAAAGGCAAAAUUGCUUCAGUACGAAAUGCUUCUCGUCCUGCUCCUUUCCAGAAUUCGAUGCAUCUCUCUGAAUUUGACAAUCAACAGCCAAUUACUCCUGAGAAAGUACAAAAGCACCAUGACCAUAGCAAUUCUGCAGGUACUACGCCGUCUAGGCCACGUAGAUCAGUUGAAUCAGAUGCUACAAGAUCACCGUUAGGGAGACGGCAAGGAAUGAUGAAACCAUAUGGGGAGUUAUAUGAUUCAGAUAGCGACCUUUCAUUCAUCAGUCCUACUUCUCAUCGAGAAUCUGACAUUUCCUUCAUCAGCUCAGGGAGACCGAGCGUUGAUCGCUCUUCCUUCACCCUUGAUUUCCCUGAGUCUGGAAGGAGUUCAAGAAUCUCAACGAGCUCAGAGCAAAGCAUUGGGUCACAUCGCUUGGGAAUCAAGUUCAGUGAUCCUGGUUUCCAUAACGAUUCAUUCUCUGAAGAAAGCGGUCGAACAUCUUCGUAUUCAUCUCAAAGCUUGGAUGAUGUUGAAGCUGAAAUGAAGAGGCUGCGUCUGGAGCUCAAACAAACCAUGGAUAUGUAUAGUACUGCCUGCAGAGAAGCUUUAAGUGCUAGACAGCAGGCGACGGAGCUGCAAAAGCUGAGAACCGAAGAGGAAAGACGGAUGGAAGAAGCAAAGAGUUCAGAGGAAGCAGCAAUGUCAAUAGUGGAAAAGGAGAGAGCUAAAGCGAAAGCGGCCUUGGAAGCUGCAGAAGCUGCAAAGAGACUAGCAGAGGUGGAAGCUAAGAGAAGACUGACCGCAGAGAUGAAAACCAUGAAGGAAUCAGACUCCUUCUCUCGCGGAUUAUGUGUUCGUUACAGGAAAUACACAGUCGAAGAAAUCGAAGAAGCCACUUCAAAUUUCGCAGAGUCUCAAAAGGUAGGAGAAGGAGGCUAUGGUCCCGUGUUUAAAGGCUUUCUUGAUCACACAAGUGUUGCUGUUAAAGUCUUACGCCCGGAUGCAGCUCAAGGAAGGUCACAGUUUCAGAAAGAGGUUGAAGUAUUAAGCUGCAUAAGGCAUCCAAACAUGGUGCUUCUACUUGGAGCUUGUCCAGAAUUUGGGAUUCUUGUUUAUGAAUACAUGGCCAAAGGAAGCUUAGAAGACCGGACUUUCUGUUACAUCGAUCCUGAGUACCAACAAACCGGAAUGUUGGGUGUGAAAUCGGAUGUCUACUCGCUCGGGAUCAUGCUUUUGCAGAUCUUGACCGCGAAACAGCCGAUGGGUUUGGCUUAUUACGUUGAGCAAGCCAUCGAAGAAGGCACUCUAAAGGAUAUGCUUGAUCCAGCAGUACCGGACUGGCCUAUGGAAGAAGCUCUGUCUUUAGCAAAACUUUCGCUUCAGUGCGCGGAGUUAAGAAGAAAAGAUAGACCGGAUCUCGGGAAAGAGAUAUUGCCUGAACUCAAUAGGUUGAGAGAUAUCGGUGAAGAGAGUUUAGAGAGUGUGUUUUAUGCAGGAAGUCAAGGAAGGUCUCCACACACUAGCCAAGUCUCCAUUUCAGCAUCUAGUGAUCCUUUUAUAUCGAGUUCGGAAGCUCCAGCUGCAAAUUCUGAGGCUUAGUUUGGAGAUGGAGUAAUCAAAUUUGGAGUUCAAACAAAGCCAGAGCAAGUUUCUUUGAUGUUCAUGAGAAAGCUUGAGGAAGAAGUUAGUGUAUAGCCUAGAGAAUUCGGUAUUUCUGUUAAAAAAUCGAUAAUGUAAAGGCUUACUAUUAGGCCCAUCAAGGGCAUAAACCCGAUUCAUUCGAGGUUGUGAGUUUUAAAUAAUCAAUAUUUAUUAAAGAAUCGAUAAUGUAACGGCCCGUUAAUAAGCCCAAUAUCUCGGACCGGUUGAAUAAACCGAAAUUCCGAGAUUGAAAUUAAUUGUACACUGGAAAUAAAAUGGUUAAACCCGUAGCUACAG